CCCGUAUAAAAUUUCUAACCCACCUGUGUAGUCCUAAGUAAAGGCCUUGAACUGAACCUCAUUGCCGUCCCUCCAUCUCCUUGGGGGAGGACUUUCAUUUGUCGUUCGUUUGGGGUGAGAAAGAAAUAAAGAAUGGAGGCGACGAAGAAGACAGAAGAAGAGGGAAAUGAAAACGCAGAAAAAGUAGUAGAAGAAGAAGAAUUCUCGGCAUCGGAGAUCGAGUACGUGAGCUAUGGCGGAGAACACCACUUGCCCCUUAUCAUGGGACUCGUCGAUUCCGAACUCAGCGAGCCCUACUCCAUCUUCACUUACCGUUACUUCGUCUAUUUAUGGCCUCAGCUCUCUUUCUUGGCGUUUCAUAGAGGGAAAUGUGUGGGAACAGUGGUGUGCAAAAUGGGAGAGCAUAGAAACACGUUUAGAGGCUACAUUGCCAUGCUGGUUGUGAUCAAGCCCUAUAGAGGAAAAGGCAUUGCUACAGAGCUUGUAACCAGAUCUAUUCAAGUGAUGAUGGAAUCAGGUUGUGAAGAGGUGACACUAGAGGCAGAAGUCACGAACAAAGGAGCGCUGGCUCUAUACGGUCGUCUUGGUUUUGUAAGGGCAAAGCGGCUCUUCCGCUAUUACUUGAACGGAGUUGACGCUUUCCGUUUGAAGCUGUUGUUUCCAAGUCCAAUGUCGCAGUCCUCCCUACCUAUUGUGGCAGACACAGAUGGCAGCCAUUGGCAUAAUGACCACAUCCCAAUUGAAGAAUGUUCUGAGGUUCGUUGAGGCACAUGUAUCGUUCAACAAUUUCCAGCUUCAUACAUGUUUUAACCACCCCUGCCUGUACUGCAUAGAGAGUAAUUUGUGAGGUAAUUGUUAUAUUCUAUGUUAAAUUGUAACUAACAACGUCUCUUGUUGAGAUAAUCAACAUUUGUUUUUUAAGUUUUACUUUUAAAAGGUUUUCUUCCUUUUGGAGGCAGUUUGUGACUCGUGUUUUAACUUUCAGGAACCUCUCUCUUCCAACGAAUGCUCUCAUCAGCACAAUAAUACUUGUUAUGAAUGGAUUGUUGUAUAAUGUGGGUUUUGAGCAAAAUAAGGGACUUUUCCCGUGUU